CAGCAGUGAGUCCACAGUGGCCCUGAUGAACAUCCGGGUUUCCCGCUGGCACCGCUGCUGUGGCUCUCAGGAGCCAUUUUGGACGCUGUUCAGCUUUUCGCAUGUCAGUCCCUCCUGCCCCCUCCAACUGCCCCGGCAGAGGGGGAGAAACACACAAGCUCGUACACACAAGGGGGCUUCGCUUCUACUCCAAGCGUCCACCAAACUCACGCUCCCACCACGAGCUCCUCCAUGCUGCCCGGUCAGAAUGAACUGCUGGAUGUUUGUGGCAUCAGGGACUUUAUUUCCGAUCAUCUCGCUUCUGAGGGAUACAUUGUGUUGUUGUGAAUGAGAGCUCGUGUUGUUAUUGUAGCGUUGAAGAAUCGCGCGCAGGCCCGCGGCUCCUUCGCGUUCAUGUGUUUUAUUUCAUACUUAAAUGCUUUCACGGCAUAAAGAACAGCAUUUAGCGCCAGGAUCCUCAAAGGAAGGAAUAUGUUUGUUCCCUGGCUGUCUUUUGCGCUCAUCUUGUGCACAGGAGCCAGUCAUGCGGAGGUGGCGACCAGAGAGUGCGUCUACUACAAUGAUAACUGGCGGACAGAGAAAACCAAUCAGAGUGGUUUUGAGAGGUGUGAGGGGGAGAAAGACAAGAGGCUGCACUGUUACGCCUCCUGGUUGAACACCACCGGAACCAUCCGCCUGGUCAAAAAAGGCUGCUGGCUCGACGACUUCAACUGUUAUGACAGACAGGAGUGUGUGGCCACAGAGGAGAGUCCCCAGGUGUUCUUCUGCUGUUGUGAGGGAAACUAUUGCAAUGAGAAAUUCACACACCUGCCAGAAGCCAUCACCCCUGCAGUAAAAAUCCAGCCUCCAGAACCAGGCCCAUCUCUCAUGGGCGUGCUGGUUUAUUCCCUUCUUCCUCUGGCCAUUCUCUCUCUGGCUCUGGUGCUCGCCUGCUGGACGUACCACCAACGAAAACCACCCUACAGACACGUCGACAUCGGCCAGGAUGCUGGUCUUCCUCCACCGUCUCCUCUGGUUGGACUGAAGCCCCUGCAGUUGCUGGAGUUGAAGGCCAGGGGGCGCUUUGGCUGUGUGUGGAAAGCCCAGUUACUGAGCGAAUACGUGGCGGUGAAAAUAUUUCCAAUCCAGGACAAGCAGUCAUGGCAGAACGAAAGAGACAUUUACCUCACUGAGGGUUUUAAACAUGAGAAUAUUCUACACUACAUCUCAGCAGAAAAACGAGGCACCAACCUUCAGAUGGAGUUGUGGCUGGUCACAGAAUUCCACGAAAGGGGCUCGCUAACAGAUUACCUGAAGGGGAACCCUGUGAGCUGGCCUCAGUUGUGCCAUAUUUCCGCAAGUAUGUCCCGUGGCCUGGCGUACCUUCAUGAAGACCUUCCUUAUCGUGCAGAGGGACCGAAACCAGCCAUUGCACACAGAGAUUUCAAGAGUAAGAAUGUCCUUCUCAAGAUGGAUUUAAGUGCAGUGAUUGCGGAUUUUGGGUUGGCGGUCCGCUUUGAGCCUGGGAAACCGCCUGGAGAUACACACGGCCAGGUGGGAACUCGACGUUACAUGGCUCCAGAGGUGCUGGAGGGAGCCAUUAAUUUCCAAAGGGACGCCUUCCUAAGGAUCGACAUGUACGCUCUAGGACUGGUGCUCUGGGAGCUGGUGUCUCGCUGCACCGCCUCUGAUGGUCCUGUAGGUGAGUACCAGCUGCCCUUUGAGGAGGAGGUGGGCCAGCACCCUUCACUGGAGGACCUUCAAGAUGUGGUGGUCCACAAGAAGAUGCGGCCCGUUUUUAAAGACUGUUGGAUUAAACAUCCGGGUUUGGGUCAGUUAUGCGAGACCAUCGAGGAGUGCUGGGACCACGACGCUGAGGCGCGACUGUCGGCGGGCUGCGUGGAGGAACGCAUCUCCACCAUCUCCAAGGCAAACAACACCAUCAACACGUCUACCUCAGAGUGCCUGGUCUCCAUGGUGACAUCUGACAGCGAUACGGACCUUCCACCCAAAGAGUCCAGCACUUGAACGCCGACCUUCAAUCAUCAGGGACUGCGUUCAUCGCUGCGGAGCGGACACCUCUCCAGUAAUGUGAACUUUGCUGCUAAUUUGAUCUCUUGAUCGUCAUGUAUUUAAUUGUUUCUUUCUUCUCGCAUCGUUGGAUCGGUUUCACCAGCACAUUCAUCUACUGUAUUCUUCCGAGAGGAAGGCAGACACAAAAAAAACCUCAAACGUGAGAAGACUGAACUCUCAGAGGGCAUUCAGGGGAUUGUUUCAGACUGCUGGGAUAUGAGCACACGUUACCUCAUCAGUUUUAAUGCCAUUUUUAUGUUGUUUUUUUGCCUUCACUCCAUGAAUACCUCCAUCCGAACGCUCUACCCUGGUUUUAUCGAGACUACGUGACGAUCUGAAGACUGUUACACAAAAGCAACCUUCCCAAGAGCACACAAGGUCCUCUUUGUUCUCAGUGAAUUUUAGCAUAGUUUUAUUGCUGUUUAACUGUACCCUUUCUUCCCUGAAAUGUCUCGUGGGAUGUUGUUUUUCUUAUUUCCGUUCGUAACGGCAGUCGUCCGGGACACUGGAAGCUGAAGGCAGCAGGACUGUUAUGAUUUGAGUUGCCUUUCGGAGCGUCGGGAUUGAUUUUAAUGUAGCAUCCGCUUGUCGUUGAAGCAUUAUAUUGAAGUAUCUGAUAUCAGAAGUGCCAUCAGUAGAGCAUCCCGAGCGGCGUGUUUUAGCGUUCGUUGUUUCCGCGUGACAAGAGCUGCAGUUGCGGCCGCACAAAGACCAGUGCUGCGUUACAGGUUUGAUUUCAAUCACAGCGAAAUGUAUGGGUGCAUCAGGAAAGUGUGUGAUGUUUAUCCACUACACUACUCUCAGGUAAACUCUGUGCACGUGAUUGUGUGACCGCUCACUUUUACAGCAAUAGUUCUCAGCAGUAUGGUGAAUCUCACCAAGAAAAACCUGGGUCAUAAAUCAUCUGAAAAUCAAAAUAAAAAAAAGUCUAAUUAUGCACUUAUGAACAUUUGUGCUCAAAGAAAGUCAAGCUUAUUCUUAGGGUCAAGAGUUUUUGCAUUGUGGCAUUAUUUUCAUAAACGUUAAGCACAUUUUAAGGAACCUUAAUAUAUAUUUAAUUUGUAGAGCACAACUGUAAAAUAUAUUUACAGAUGUGCAUUACAAAUUCAUUUUUUUUUUCUUGCAUUACAGUAAUUUUUAUUAUUAUUAUUAUUAUUAUUAUUAUUAUUAUUAUUAUUAUUAUUAUGGCCGGAAUUGUCACAUCACAAUAUAAAAAAAGGAACAUUUAAUUUAGCAGAAAAAAGCAAAAUUUGGGCAUAAAUUUUAUAACGGUGAAUUGAAGCAACAAUUUUCUCCCUUAAAUGAUCAUUACUGUAAUGCGAAAAAAAUGCUGUCCCGCAGUAUAAAAAUAAUUUCAAAUGAUUUUUGUUCUGUUGAUGUUAUGCACAACAAAAAAUACCUUAAAUGUAUUUACAAUCAUGUUUUACAAUUUAAAUAUUUUUUCUUGUAUCAAAGUAAUGAGAAUAAGUUAUUUGCAUUGCUGUAAUAAGGAAAAAAAUGUGCCAAACUAUUAUGAAAAUAAUAUCACAAUGCAAAAAACAUAAUGGUCCUAAAAUAGGCUUCAUUCUCUUCAUGGAACAUUUAAUUUAGCAGAAAAUAAAGCUAUUUUUUGGGCUGUUUCAGCAUUAAUUUUAUAACAAUUAAGCAACAAUUUUUCUCUCACCAAAUAUCAUUACCGUAAUGCGAAAAAAUACUGUCCUGCAGUGUAAAAUAAUUUCAAAUGAUUUUUGUUGUAUUGAUGUUAAGCACAAAAAAAAUGACAUUAAAUAUAUUUACAGUUGUGUUUUUUUCAAUUUAAAUAUUUUUUUUCACAUCCUAGUAAUGAGGGGGCUGUUCUACCAUUAAUUUUAUAACAAUUAAGCAACAAUUUUCAACCCUAGAUUUUCAUUACCGUGAUGCAAAAAAUUAAAAAAAAAAAAAAUCUUUUUUUUUUUUUUCCAUUACUGUAAUGAGGAAAAAAAUAUCCUAAAAUGUCCUUAAAAUAAUGUCACAAUAUUAAAAAAUCAGAAUGGUCCUAAAAUAUGCUUCGUUUUCUUUAUGGAACAUUUAAUAUUGCAGAAAAUAAAGCUAUUCUAGCAUUAAUUAAAUAAAUAAAAUAAAGUUUAAAAUAAAAAAUAAAGCUAUUUUUUUGGCCGUUUCAGCAUUAAUUUUAUAACAAUUAUGCAACAAUUUCCUCCCCCAAAUUAUCAUUACCAUAAUGCGAAAAAUCAAACCACAGUUUUGUUUUUUUUUGCUGUUGUUGUUGUUUUUUUCCCCUCCAUUACUGUAAUAAGGAAAAAAUGUUCUAAAAAUGCAACAUUUAGUUUUUUUUUUUUCUUUUGAUUUUCGGGGUGAAACAUGACCCGGAUAUUUCUUGAUUCGCGAUCAUCUCGGCAGUGGUGAUCUUCACAGAGCUCGCCUGUUUCACGCAAUAACUUGACCAGUGAAGAAGACUGAAUGUCCGUAGUGCUGUAAUCUACUCUGUCAAACUGUUCAAUCCUCUCAUGGACUCCCAGUGUUGUUCAGAAACAGGCAGCUUUUAUCAAACUCAUUCAGCGUAACACUAAAAUCAUCACUGAAUAUCGACCUUCAUACGCUCAGUGAUUAGAUAUACCUCAGAUAUUGUGAGUUAUAUAUAUAUAUAUAUAAAUAAAAAGUAUUUUAUUCUGUUUUGUGGUAGCAAUAUAAUUUAAUAUACAGCUGCUUUUCUGUGAUUUUUAAGGAGAUUGUUUUGUUUUUAAUCCGUUAUUUUUUUAACAGAAGGUGCUCUGACUUUGAUUGCCAGGUGCUCGGUGCAUUUCACAAAGUUUUUUUGCUUUGAGUCAAGCAUCCGCAGGUUAAAUGGCUUCUGUGGUUCAGAAUAACUGUUCUCCGAGGACACGCAAACCUUUCACAGUUGUGUUUUUCUUUUGUUUUUCAUUUGUUUGUUUGUGUGGUACAUGUAUUUUCUUCCUUCCUCUCCACCUUAAUCGUAUUAAGUUGGAUUUGUCUAUUAUCAAAUCAGGGAUUUGAAAUAUAAUUAAAGUAUUGCAGUGCAAGUUGUGCAAAUUUAGUUUAAGCCAAACUUUGUAUCCUAUCAGGUGUUGAUGAUGUGUGAUGUAUAUAACGUUAAUAGAUCUGCUAACUGAUGUAGUUGAAGCACCUUUUACUCUUAUUAUAUUUCUCUGCAUUUCACACAAACCCUGAAGAAGUGUUCAUGCAUUAGGACUACCUGAGUAUAGAUUUCCCACAAUCCUUUGCUGGCCUGAUGUGGGCUGGUUCUCAUUAAGGAGAUGAUGGAGGUCUGUUGAUGUGUUUUUUUUAUUUUUACUGCUGCUAAUGUAGUAAAUGUGUUGUGUUGCCCCUGUUUGGGUCAUUUCAGAUUCUGCUGCCAUGUUCAGUAUUUUGUUGAAUUAAACAUUUGUUUCUCACUUAAA